UUCCAUGCGUUUAUAAAUAAAUAUAUCGUGCGUUCGAGUUGAUAUUUCAAAAAUAUUUUGAAUUGUUUUUGCACAUCACGAUCGAUUUUUCAAAAAUGUACACAGCAGGUGUCGUAUAUGUCGUGUUUGUUGGUUAUGCUUUCACCGGAUUGGUGGCAGCCCAGCAGAACAGUGUCGGUCAAGCUGGCGCGGUUGCGCCGGCCAUCGCGGUGUUUAAUCAGCUCGGCCCGUUGGAUGCGCUGGCCAAUAGCCGGCACUUCACGGUCAAUGAUCCCUUGGCGGAUCAGAACAAGAAGAUGUUGGUGCAAGCGGUCCUGAACCAGACCACCAGUGCCAAAACACCCGAACAGAAAGCCAACGACACUAUUACAGAUGUGAAGAAAAUGUCGGAGCGGAAGCCGCCAUCCUGCACGAACGCCAUCUGCAGCGCCCGCAAACCCUGUGAAGCUCCCUGCACUUGCUCGGCCGGCAGUGCACUGACCAAUGGACGCUGUAGUGGAUCGACGUUAACAUUGCCGCCGCCAACCAAAUAAAAUCCAAAAUAAAUUUAUUUAUCUUGUACAAUAAUUACUGUAUGACGCCUUUUAUUCUGCCUACUUUUGCCUCCUUGCAUGCAGGCAGGGAGUUCACGAAUUUCGGAAGGAUAUACCGGUUUAUAAGCAAUCGUAUUAGCGUUACAAAAUAAAAAAAAUGUUCACAGUGA